AUGGAUGCCAUGAAUUGGUUAUCAGUUGUGAUGUGUGUAUUGGAAGUGAUGACGAGUUUUGGUCACCAAUUGGUUCCCAUUAUCAGCGUUUUUAUGGACUCUUCGAGAGUGGGAACCGAUUGGAGACCAAUGUCUGGAGCGGUGCUUAAGACUCAACCCAUAGAUAUCUCGCAUGUUAGGUGGAAGGGGUGUCCCUCAAGAGGACUGCCAUUGAGUACCCGAUAUCUCAACGAAUGCGUGGACAGGGAUGCGAAGGAAUGUCUUGAGUGCACACAUACUCUGCGGACAAUGACUUCAAAUAUCUUAAGACUUAUUGACGACGACUCUGAGGAAGCGGUGAAUCCAAUGAUUACGUCGACUACCAGUGCCGGUGCUGUAGGCGCUGUUGAUGACUACGACGAGCACCCGGAGACAAACUCCGGACGGUUAGGUAACGACAGCCCCUCCAGCCUAUCGCUCCCAUCAUCGGAGGGAUCGCCCGACCGGUGGCCGACCCGAGAGAGCAUUCAACCCAUUGUCGACGACUCCAACGAUAGCUAUAAACUACUGUUCCCUUCGCCCUCACCUCCCAAACCCCCUAUGAAUUCAUGA